AAUUUUUUUCUCACUGGCUCCUCAUGACAUGCUGAGUUUGAGAGUGCAGGAGGGAGAUGUCUUAAAAACACUGACCGGCAAUCAAACUCUCAGACAGAAAGAGCAGUGUGGCCCAGUCAACGCAAGCAUCCUCACGGCAGCCCAGCGGAGCUUCUGUGGACACUCAGGUUUGGACCUGCCAAGAUAAAGAUGCUGGUGCCAAAUCUGGUACUGCUGGUGCUGGUGUUUGCCAAAUGGGCUGAGCCAUACAUUACUCAAAACAGAGAUGGAGAGCAAGACCCAUUUGAACCCAAGGAUAAUCGGAGAUCCACAGAAUACUACAGAGAUGGCAGUGGAGCGGAGUGCAGGCGGUGCUGCGAUCCUGCAGAAGAUCCUCCUCAAUUUGCCAGUCCACACGCACAGUACCAAAUUGUGCCACAGAUAAACAUCACUAUCUUAAAAGGGGAGAAAGGAGACAUAGGAGAGCGAGGGCUCCAUGGGAAAUCUGGCACAUCUGGAAAAAAUGGACCCCGAGGGCCCCAUGGUGUAAAGGGAACCAAAGGCAGCGUAGGUGCCCCUGGUGAAUCCUGUAAAUCCUACUACGCUGCAUUCUCUGUGGGUCGCAAAAAAGCCCUGCACAGUAACGAUUACUACCAGACCAUGAUCUUUGACACCGAGUUUGUCAACCUGUAUGGCCACUUCAACAUGUUCACCGGCAAGUUCUUCUGCUAUGUCCCCGGCAUCUAUUUCUUCAGUCUAAAUGCGCACAGUUGGAACCAGAAAGAAACGUACUUGCACCUGAUGAAGAAUGAGCAGGAGAUGGCCAUCCUGUACGCUCAGCCCAGCGAUCGCUCCAUCAUGCAAAGCCAGAGCCUCAUGCUGGAGCUGGAGAGGGACGACCAGGUUUGGGUUCGACUCUUUAAGGGCGAGAGAGAGAACGCUGUGUUCAGUGAUGACUUUGACACCUACAUCACGUUUAGUGGUUACCUUGUCAAGGCAAAGUCAGAAGGCUGAGGAGAGCUAAAUAUAUGGACAGCAAAGAUUUGUUGAAUUCGUUGUUUUUGUUUUUCAUUUUUCAUUUUUCGUAAUGUAUUUUUGAAUAAUCUUGGCAUCUGAGGAGAAAGCUUGGUUUAUGAUCCAGUAUUAGAAUGUGACAUAUAUCUGACUUUUUUUUUUUACCGUGAGAGUGGUGCUUUUGGUUAUUGCAGAAGGUUAUUGUACUAUAACAUUUUAAACAAUCCAAAUCCAAGUUUAAAGUAAGUUCAAAGACAAUGGUACAUACAGUACUGUGCAUACAUGGGUAAAGUUAGAAAUGAGUGUUCAAGCAUCAAAACAAUGUAUAAUAUAGCUUUUUUAUCAUGAACAUGCACCUAUUUUAAAAUGGAAAAUAAUUAUUAUAGAACAUACAAAAAUGUCAUUCAGUAUGUAUAUUUUUCUUUUUCAAAUAUUUCCCGAAUUAUGUUUAACAGAGCAAGGAAUUUUUCACAGUAAUUCCUAUAAUAUUUUUUUCUUAUUUGUUUUAUUUCUGCAAGAAUAAAAGCAUCUUUUAAUAAAAAAAACAUUUUAAGGUCAAAACUAUUAGCCCUCUUGAGCAAUAUAUUUUUAAAUAUAUUUCUAAAAUUAUCUACAGAAGAAACCACUGUUAUACAAUAACUUGCCCAAUUACCCUAACUUGCCCAAUUAACCUAGUUAAGCUCAGGUAGGUCUCGAGAACUCCCUUGGUUUUUAUGGCUAAUGACAAGUUAGGAAUUGCUAAGUAAGAUAUAUGACUGACUAAAGCCCUGCUCACACUGUGAGAUUUCAGCCAAAUAUUUUGUCAUCUGAGACAAAUUUGGGAAAUCCUAAAAGAUUUUUUAAAUCCUAGGCUAAAAUCGGUGAUCUUUGAUUGUUGGUUUGACAUGUUCACUGACAGCGGCUUAGUGCCCAUUUCGAUCAGAUUUUUCCUCCGAUUAAGUUCUGGCAGUGUCAGAAGACUUCAGAUACUUUCCUGCAGUGUGACAACAGCUGCGAUGAGCGUCAAUCCAAAAACCAAUAACAGUUCUGAAUUAUGUGACGCAAUCCAUGCGACAACUGAAACGACCGUGGGUAAAUGUAAAAAAAAUAAAAUUCUUACUGGUUUUAUUAUUGAGACGCGUCGUCUGUAAAAUUGCCGCUACAGAUUGUUUAUGUUUGCUGUGAGGAAUCAUUUCAGAAAGCGGGAUAGUGAAAGUGUCACGGGUGGAUGAUGUCAAACUCUGGGGGCAUUUUCUUUCAUGUUUGGCACGUCUUCAUUGCCGUUCAGUCUGACAUUAUGACAGCUGAGAUCUUACAGUGUGACAUCUUAGCCAUGUUCGUGCAGUCUGACAUGCUACAAUCCUUCAGGAUUAUAAUCAAAUAAAAAAAAUAAAAAAAAUCACACAGUGUUAUCCGGCCUUGAGGGUUCAUCUAUGGUGGAUUAAUCAAUUCACUUAUGCUGCAUGUCUUUGUACGGUGGGAGGAAACCAGGGAACCCUGGGGAAACCCACGUGAGCACAGGGAGAACAUGUAAACUACGCACAGAAAUGUCGACUGGCCUGGUAAAGACUUGAACCAGUGAUAUUCUUGUUGUGAGGCAACAGUGCUAACCACUGGGCCGCCGUGCCACCUUAGGAAAAGAGGAGUAGGUGUGGAAGAGGGGAUUCUUCAAUUUGAAGAUAACUGAGGUGGUUUUAAAAAACUGGUUAUAGUUAGUUAGGAUUCAUCUGAUUAGUGCAUCAAGUGUUAGCUGAUGCAGGACCAGCUGUGGUCAAUCAUAAGCAUGUGCUGAUCUCGAAAUUAGUUUAUAAAUAAACCAUACUUAAAUUGCACUUUACGCUGAGUACUAGUAGCUUGAAAAACAUCUGGUAAAAUGUUAUGUACUGUCGUCAUGACAAAGAUAAAGAAAAUCAGUUAUUAGAAAUUACUUAAUAAAACAAUAAUGUUUAGAAAUGUGUUCAAUUUCCGUUAAACAGAAAUUGGGGAGAAAAUAUACAGAGGGCUAAUAAUUUAGUAAGGCUAAUAAUUCUGACUUCAUCUGUUGUGGUUUUGAACAUGUAUAAUUUGAUGACACACUCAAAACUUUAUUUAUGGCUCUCACUAUGUCUGAGAAAACUUAUUUAUACAUUUUUUUAAUAAUCACAUUUUUAUACUUUGCAAC